AUGGAUUGGAACGAAAGCUCGACGGGUCUGCCGUCCAACGCGAGUAAAGACUACGAGGACUACAACCCCGACGCCAGUAAAAUCCUCAUCCCGUCCAUUUAUGUCGUCGUCUUCUGCGUGGGCCUAACUGGCAACGCCAUGGUUAUCUACGUCAUUCUCAAGUACGCCAAAAUGAAAACGGCCACCAACAUCUACAUCCUGAACCUGGCAAUCGCCGACGAACUCUUCAUGCUGAGCGUCCCUUUCUUCGCCACGUCCGCCGCAGUGCGACACUGGCCCUUCGGCUCGGUCAUGUGCAGACUGGUGCUGAGCGUGGACGGCAUCAACAUGUUCACGUCCGUCUUCUGUCUCACCGUGCUGAGCGUGGACCGCUACGUGGCGGUGGUGCAUCCUAUUAAAGCGGCGCGCUACCGCCGACCCACCGUGGCCAAAGCGGUUAACGUCUGCAUCUGGGGCUUGUCGCUGGUGGUCAUCCUGCCCAUUGUUAUCUUCGCCGACACCGUCCCGGCAGAGGACGGCGCCGUGGACUGCAACUUUCUCUGGCCGGAGGCCUCCUGGUCCGAAGCUUUCGUGGUCUACACCUUUCUUCUGGGCUUUCUCCUUCCCGUGGGAGCCAUAUGUUUGUGCUAUUGCCUCAUGGUGGCCCGGAUGCGAGCGGUGGGGCUGAAAGCCGGCUGGCUUCAACGGCGCAACUCCGAGAAGAAGAUCACCCGCAUGGUGCUUCUGGUGGUGGCCGUCUUCGUCCUCUGUUGGAUGCCCUUCUACGUGGUCCAGCUGGUCAGCGUCUUCCACGGGCCGCCGAACCCGGUGCUCACCCAGCUUUUCGUCAUUCUCAGCUACGCCAACAGCGGCGCCAACCCCAUCCUCUACGGCUUCGUGUCCGAUCACUUCCGACGCUCCUUCCAGCGCAUCGUCUGCUUCCGCUGGCUGGAGUCCGGCGUGGACGCCGAGCAGGUGGACUACUGCGCCGUGGCGGCCGAGGGACGAGUCGCCUGCGCCCAACCGGAGUUCCCCAAAGACUUCGCCGCCUCUGAUUCCAUCUUUCCUAAUGGAAUGUGUGCCUCACGCACGUCUGCAGUGUGA